CUCUCGCCGGCCGUUUGAGGCCAUUAUGUAGAAUGACGCCCCUCUCGACCUGCCAAGUGCGGCCAAGUUAAGGUUCAAUGGGCGGAAUUCUCUUGGUCAAUCAAGGGUGACUCGGUGCAUCAUCUGGUCAGCGCCCCUCCCCCCUCCCGAACAAUGCACCGUCAAUCCACCGCUGCAUAUCUCGUUGCAGUGGCGCACUGGCUCUCCCUGCAGCGGCGAUCUCCCAUGUUGGUUUUCAGGCAGCCGCCCUGUGCCGUUGGUGCUGUUCGGGGCCCUCAAUGAGGCAGGGACUCAGGGAGGGCGACCCCCAAACCCGACGCACCCCAGAUCUCAGCACCUACCCCGAUCGCCGCCAUGGCUUCCCAGCCUAUGUUGCUGCCGUUUCUCAGGCCCCUCCUGGACGCCGACUCGCCUAGAAAGCGCACCAUCAUCCUGGCUUCGGGAUCCCCAAGACGAAGGGAGAUCCUGUCGCAAAUGGGAAUACCCUUCCGAGUCGAGGUCUCAGACUUUCCCGAGACGUUGGAAAAGUCAUCCUUUUCGAAUCCAGUCGAUUACGUCCGACAGACUGCCUUUGAAAAGGGAUAUGCCGUUCUGGCCAAGUUGCGGCAGCAAAGCCCCGUCGAGCCGCUACUGGUCAUUUCGGCCGACACCGUCAUUAUCACUCUUGACUCGCCUUCCUGCAUCAUCGAGAAACCCACCGACAACGAGCACGCCAAGUGCAUUCUGUCUGAAUUGUCGGGCAGGCCGCACUGUGUCGUCACGGCCUUUUGUCUGCUGUUCACGACCCAAGCCGGAUCGCUCUCACGCAUUGCUUCCACAAAUGCCUCGGACGACUGGAUCCACGGCGGCGGCUGGAAAUGUCGAACAUGCCAUGAAUCCACUCGGGUCACCUUUGGCGCUCUCGAUGAGUCCUGGAUUGAUGCAUACGUUCUGACUGGCGAGCCCAUGGGCAAGGCUGGCGGAUAUGGCUACCAGGGACUUGGGUCGGCCCUGAUCAGCAAGAUAGAUGGCUGCUACUACAACGUCGUUGGUUUUCCGACACAUAGAUUCCUCAAAACCUUGGAAGAAGCCGCCGGCAGCGGAGACUUGUGAGGAUCGAGCUGAACUAGGCGGCGGUGUGUCGGCUCGUUGAUGCAUCUGCACCUCAGUGCGUCGGCUCUUUGAUGUACCUGCACCUCGAUGUAUCGGCAUAUUCAAUAUUCGCCCGGAGUGGCAACCGGAUGUUGGACAUGGAC